ACUGAGCGCAUCACCAGUUCUGCGGACUGUCUGACUGAGCUGGACGUCUUGUAGAGACAGAGAGGAGAUAAAAACUGUUACUUUUCCGGGUUUUUGACGUUUUUUCCUGUAAUUAGCCCGGUUCGGCCUCUUCGGGGCUAAAACAAGAAGGAAUCCUGGAAGCACCCGGAGAACCGCGGAUAUCCACGCGGCAAGGAUGCUUCAUGACCCGCGGCAGGUGCGAGGAGAUGGCGGCGGAGCCUACGGCGGCCACCGGUCGGGUGGUGUUGGUCAAGAAGAUUAUCAUGAAGGACGGAGCGGUGCCCCAGCAGGGCAUCGGCCGGCCCAGUGUCUAUCACGCUGUGAUGGUUAUUUUCCUGGAGUUCUUCGCCUGGGGCUUGCUCACCACGCCGAUGCUCACUGUUUUACAUGAAACGUUUCCCCAGCACACGUUUCUCAUGAACGGCCUCAUCCAGGGUGUGAAGGGCCUGCUGUCGUUCAUGUCUGCUCCUCUGAUCGGAGCGCUAUCAGACGUAUGGGGUCGAAGAUCUUUCCUUCUGAUCACCGUCUUCUUCACCUGCGCUCCGAUCCCUCUGAUGAGGCUCAGCCCAUGGUGGUACUUCGCCAUGAUCUCCAUGUCUGGAGCUUUCUCCGUCACCUUCUCGGUCAUCUUCGCCUAUGUUGCCGAUGUGACGGAUGAAAGAGAGAGGAGUACAGCCUACGGUCUGGUCUCCGCCACAUUUGCAGCCAGUCUGGUGACGAGUCCGGCCAUCGGGGCCUACCUGUCGGCCUGGUAUGGAGACAACCUGGUGGUCCUGCUCGCCACGCUCAUCUCGCUGGCCGACAUCUGCUUCAUCCUGCUGGCCGUUCCCGAGUCGCUGCCAGACAAGAUGAGACUCAACACGUGGGGGACUCCUUUCUCCUGGGAGCAGGCCGACCCUUUCGCUUCUCUCAGGAAAGUGGGUCAGGACUCCACAGUCCUGCUGAUCUGCAUCACCGUCUUCCUGUCUUACCUGCCGGAAGCUGGACAGUAUUCCAGCUUCUUCCUCUACCUGAGACAGGUCGUAAACUUCUCCUCCACAACUAUUGCAGUUUUCAUCGGGGUUGUGGGGAUUCUGUCCAUCGUGGCGCAGACUCUCUUCCUCACCCUGCUGAUGAGAUAUCUGGGAAACAAAAACACCGUUCUACUGGGUCUGGGUUUCCAGAUCCUUCAGCUAGCCUGGUACGGCCUUGGAUCAGAGCCAUGGAUGAUGUGGGCGGCUGGAGCUGUUGCAGCGAUGUCCUCCAUCACCUUCCCUGCAGUUUCUGCUCUGGUGUCGCAGUCGGCUGAUUCUGAUAAACAAGGAGUCGUCCAGGGGAUGAUCACUGGAAUCAGAGGUCUCUGUAAUGGCCUGGGUCCAGCUCUCUACGGGUUCAUCUUCUUCCUCUUCAACGUGGAGUUCAACACUAUGGAUCCCAUUCAGGAGGAGUACGGCAUUGACCCGCUGCCUCUGCACGGCCCAACAGAGCAAGCGCUCAUUCCCGGGCCGCCCUUCCUGCUCGGGGCGUGCACCGUGGUCGUCGCCUUCCUCGUCGCCCUCUUCAUCCCCGAAAAAACUUCCUGCGCCUCCUGCUCCUCCUCCUCUUCGUCCGAGCUCUCUCUCAGCAACAAGCCCCACCCAGACAGCAAGGAGGCCAUGUCCUCGCUGGCCGGCGUCCACAUCAACACGCCGCUCCCUGGCAGCGACGAGGAAACCCCGCCCUCUGCCAGUGGCGAGGACUCGGAGCCGCUGCUGCACGACAGCAUCGUCUGAAGGAAGCGCUGAGACGGAGCCAGUGAAACUUUAUUUUUGUUUGUUUCUUUAAGCCAUAAGGCGGCACAAAGUGUACUUUCUUCGUCAGAGGUUUUUGCCUCUUUACCGAACGGCAGGAUGAACUUUUUGCUUCAGCGAUCCACAGAGGAAGCAUCAUCCUGGCCAAUCAGGAUCCAUCUUUAAUGAGCAAGUUGAAUCUAAUGAUGUAAUUGGAGAGAAGGGUCAGAGAUGAUUUGAUUGACAGAGGUCUGCUGGGAUAAAAAGGGAGUAAAGAUCCAGAUCCUUAAAGAUGUAAGUUUGAGGCUUUUAUGGAAGAUUUUACUUCAUUUUUUUUUAACCUUUUGAUCAUUUCGAAGCUGUUUUUAAUUCAGAAGUAAACUUUAAAGGCAGCCAAAACAUCCAUGUUUAUUUAUAUAUAUAUACUAUUUUUAUUUUCUUUUUUAAUCCAUCAAAGUGUUUCUGUAGAUGAAGAUUGUAUCAAAACAGUAAAACAAGAGAAGUGAUCCAUUUUAAUCUCAUAAUGAGAUUAAACCAAAGCAAAACUACAGAUUAUUGAUAGUUGGAAGGAAACAGGAAUAAAUCCUUACAUUAUACUGAUGAGUAAAACAAGGGGACCCACCCCACACGUUUUAUUUUUAUAUCUAAGUCACUUUAUCAAAGUGCUGCUGGCAGUGGAAAACCCUCAGUUUCUCCUCUUUAUUUUGCAGUUUGACACCAUUAGAUCCCUGACACGUCAUCAGGUCUUGGUAAAAUUCACUCCAAACUAGGGGUGGACCGAUUGAUCAGCCCUGAUUUUCUUAAUUUCGGGCGAUCGGCUGAUACUUACAUGUGAAACCGAUGUCAUCUACUUGUCUUACCUGUUUUUUAAAACGUGAAAGUUGAAAGACUAAAGCGACUGCAAUGCUGUAAACUUUGAGACCACCACCUCAUGUGCUGUUUAAACAAGUUUGUAUUAUUUCAUGGGGUUUUGUUUAGUGUUUGUCAAUAAAUUAAGACUGGAACAAUAAAGGUGUAGUGUGACCUUACAACAUGUAUAAAAAAUUUGUAUCAGGCAAAAUCCAAAUUGGCAGGUCAGGCUUUUUAAAGAUCUGUGAUCGGCCAGAAAACUGCAAUCGGUGCACCCCUAUUCCAAACCUAAUUGAUCUUGGCAAAAACGUUAGUAAUUUUAGGUUUUUUUUCCCUGGCAGAAGUGAUAUUCCUGUCAAUGAACUUAUACUUGAAGCAUCCGACGGAGAUUCCAAGAGCUUUAGAGAAGAUUUUAAGGAGAGUUUAACAGUAUUUAACUGCCACACAACAGUGUACAUAGUUAUGUCAUGACUUUAAAAUGUAAAUGCACUUUUGAAUGAGACCUUGCUUUGUAAAUACUGAAAGUGUGACGUGGGGUCGGCUUGUUUUCUGCCAGAUUGCCCCUCUUUCUGUUCAUGUUUAGAGGGCAGAUCUCAUAUUCUGUCAAUCAUGUCCGGGCCUGUAGCUCAUGAUCCUUGAGUUUCUUUUCCAUGUCUGAAAUCCAGAAAUCUGUGGAAGGUACCAAGUGCAGCGGAAAGUUGUUGAAGUUGCUGACGUUACACUUGGGAACUUCUCACUCAGCACUAAUGUAUAACGCAAUGUCCACCUGAAACAAAGGUAUUGCUGGCAACUAGAAUCUGAGGUCAUAAACUGGAGAUUUAAGUUAUUUAACCAGCAAGGAAGGACGUCAGGAGAAAUGUGAGUACAGGAGAUUGGAGACCUAACAAACCAGCACCAUAUGGAGAAAUUUUAAAGCACCCAUGCUCAUCACGCUACCUGUAAUUAACCAUAUAGCUGGAUAGCUUCUAUCAAAAACUGUAAUUUGAAGCAGAAAUUCAGACAGUAUUAAGGUAGAUAUAAUUUGAUCUGACCAGCAUUAUUACACUGUGCACCAGCAUGCCCCUCCUAACAACUCAACUAAAGACUUUGUUGUGAGCCAUGCAGUGAUUAUCAGUCUGUUUUUUUUUUGCGUUUGCUUGUGUGGUUCGAACUGCAUUACAGUAAUGUAAUAUCAGAUUAUCAUUGUCACACCGCCCACUCUAUAGAUAGUCUGUCUGCAGGUAGUUUGGCUCUAAAGUCACUAGAAGCUGAUGCUACAGGUGCUGUGGGUCAAAGGGAAGUCAGAAUACUGUAUACUGCUAUACAGAACUGCAGUGGCUGUUAAACAUUCCUUCAUUUGGCUGAGAUAUGGAGGAGAAAAACUCUUGCAGGUGCAGCUAAAUAUGGCUAAACAUGCAGGAGGAGAGCUGUUAUUGUUUUAACAGCAAUUUUGUACUAACAGUGGAAACAAAAAGUAAAAAAUGCUAUGCUCACAAACAGCUGGGUUUGCCUCAGUGGUCUGGCUGCUCACUCCCUGUUCAAACUCCUCUUAGUAGCCAAGAUGUAAACUGUUGUACCAUGCCCUCCACUUUGGGUAGUUUCAUCCCUUAAAUCCAAAGGUCCAGUGAAUGACUUAACUGGACCUUCCUGGAGCAGAACGGUUUUCAAACGGAAGGACAGGAGGAGAAAUCCAUCCUCUUCAGCUGUUUUCUUCCACAGAGCUCAUCUAUCUGUCCUUCAGAGAUCUUUUUAGCAAACAUGCUCACUCCCACAUAAUCCCUUUGACAUAUUCCAUUUUAAGGUUCUUAUUUUUUUGUCAAGACAAGAGUUCAUUCUGUUUUUAUUGUGAGGGAUUUCUAGAUGUUGCCGUUACAGAAGCCACGCCAUCAUCAGUAUGUGGUUUUAAAAAGAGAAAGCCGAUUGUGAUUUAUUUCAUACUUUUGAGACUUUUUAGGGUUUCUAGGUCUAAAAGAUUUGUAUACUUUAAAUCAAAGGCAGCUGGACUACUUUUACGUUUAUCCUUGAUAUUUCAGCUCUUUUGGAUGGACAGAAAAACAUCUUUAGGAACUAAAACAGAAGCGCCGUUCGUUUUAAGCACGGAAGAUUGGGUCCGUUAUUUUAGGGCGCGGUUCUGAAAGAUUCCCAUCCUCUCUGCUUUUGGGUUGCUUGUAGGGCGAGUUCAGCCUUGGAUGGGCAGCUAAAUAUUUCUGUAGUGUUUUCUAUCCAAUCAGAUCAACUGACUCAGACACAUCUUAGUCUAUUGACACACAGACCAGCGUCACGGUUGAUCAGGCUGGUUUAUUUCUCUCAGUCCCAAUAUCACUUGUUUUUUAAUCUGGAAGUCAGUGGUGCUGGAUUGAAACGACUUUAACUCGUCGGCUGUAAUGAUUUAGCGCUUUUACUGAAGAAAUUACUGGUUCGUUUUUUUUGUAAGACCAAAUGGUAUUUCUUUGGAAAUAUUCCCAGCUCUUCUUAGCGCUCAUGUAAAUACUGAUCCAACUCGGAUAAAUCAGCUGUGAAACCGACCCGGGUGUGUAAAUACUGUAGAUGAUUGGAUGUCUGUACAUGUGAGCUGAACUGAGAUGUACCAGCCAGCUGUUGAUUGAUAUUAAAACAGUACAACAUUUCA